CUUCCUGCCUGCCAUAACUUCACUGUAUGCAACACAGCAGGACGGCGUCCUCACCAGCGGCUCCUUACACCUGAUGAACACAAAGCCGUCCAGGAUUGGUCAUGACACAGCAGGAGCAGCAGGAAUUCAUGGCGAGCUUGGAGGUGGCCCUCUCCUGGAUGCGUGCCAUCCAGGAGAGGCUGAGGGCCAACGACAACACCCAGGGGCCCCGUGAUGCCCUGGAGGCCAGACUCAAGGAGACAGAGAAAAUCCAUCAGUCGGAGCAUGAAGGUCGUGUGAAGAUGGACAUGGCACUGGUAGCUGCAGAGAACAUUUUGCAGAGUGGAGAUGAAGAGCUGAGGAACCACACCCAUGCUAAGCUCAAAGACCUGAAAAGCCUGUGGGAGGAGACCUGCACCUAUAUCAUCCACUGUCACAGUCGGAUCGAAUGGGUGUGGCUCCACUGGAGUGAGUACCUGAAGGCCUAUGAGGAGUUUGAGCUGUGGCUGACGAGGCAGCAGCGCAGUCUGGAUGUCAGGGUGGAGCUUCAGCUGGGGGUGAAGGAGAAGCUUUGGCAGGUGGACCAGCAGAGGGUGGUGGUGAGCGACAUCCACAGCCAGGCCACGCUGCUGGAGAGGCUGCUGGACGAGGCUGCCGCGCUGCACAACAGAACCCAGGAUCCCAGUGUGGAGCCUCAGGCCCAGGAGAGGCUGCAAGAGGCCUACAACAAUGUUAGAGACAGAGCUGAGGAGCGCCUGUCGCUACUUCAGAAGAUUGCUGAGGAGCACCAGACGUACCAAGGCUGCGUUCAGAGGUUCCAGUCCUGGCUGCUGUCAAAAACCAAGGAGCUAACUGAUCUGAUGGAGAGGGAGGAUACAGCCGAGAACAAGCUCAAAGCCCUACAAGCUCUGGACGACAGCGUGGCUGGUGAGGAGAAGACCCUGCAGCAUAUUGAGGGCCUUGCAGAGGCGGUGAGGGGCAACACCUCUCCUGCAGGGGCAGAGCUGGUGGUGGAGGAGGCCGAGGAGUUGAGACUUGGCUGGCAGAGGCUGAGGCAGGGCCUGUGUGAGGCCGAGGAGGGUCUGCGCUCCAGCCUGGACUCCCACAGUGAGUACAUGGCCAGGUGCCAGCGGCUGGGCGAAGACAUCGGCCGCCUCAGGGUGAUGAUGCAGGGGUUGGACCACGAACUGGAGGAGAGCCGUGAGGCUGGGGACCGCACUGACCACACUGAAGAGCAGAUGGUGGGCCAGUGGAAGAAAUACAUGGGUGUGAGGAAUACUUUGGCAGGGGAGGAGUCCCAAGUGGAACUUCUCAAGGCUCAACUCAAGGAGCUGUUCAGGUUCUCAGAGGACUCGCGUCACCUUUCUGAUGAUGUUCUGGCUGUUGUCAAAGAACAUCAGAGUGUCAAAUGCAGAGCGACACGGCUGUGUUCAGAGUCAGAGUCCGGCCUGAGAAACAUUCUCCAGGACCCACUGCUGGUGUACGCCCAGUGGAGCCACAUGGUCUCUCAGGUUCUGGAGGCUUCUGCUGAGGUUACUGACUUCUCCCACAUUGCCAUGUUGGUCCAGAACAUAGAGCAUCUGCUGAAGGAUAGUGUCCAGCUGCAGGAGCGUUUCAGUCUGCUCCAGGUGAAGGGGGACCUGCUGGACUCCGUAUUUGGUCCUGAGAGGUCUGACAGCCUGCAGGAUGAGCUGAGUGCCGCCGUCAGGAACCGAGAGCUGUUGCACGCUCAGCUGUUGCAGAGGAAGAGCAGACUUCAGGGCUUAAUCUCAAGAACCAAGGACUUUGGUGAUGCCUAUGAGUUGAUUCGCUCCAAACUGGCUGGUCUCUGGGACCGACUGGCGGCAGCUGAUGGCCCCCAGCCUGACAUCCUGGCUAAAAAAAGCCAGUCUGACCAGUUCAGGGUGAUCCAGAAGGACCUGGAGGACUGUGAAGCCCACAUUAUUGCACUGGAGACUCUAGUCUCAUCCAGUCAGAACAACAGGACUCAGUUUGAGAGGCUCUGUGCUGACUGGAAACAUCUGCACAAAGCAGUCAGGGUGAAGGUGCAUGAGAGUGAGGAGAACAUCGUGGAACAUGAGAGCUUCCACGACAGCCUGCUGAACAUAGAGAAGUGGCUGAUGAUCAUGAAGCAGAAGCUGGAGUCCUUCCACAGCCCCUCAGGAGAGUGGAGCGUAGAGGGUCGCCAGCACGAAGCUGAGAGAGCACUGGGAGAGUUUCCAGAGAAGGAGUUACAGCUGCAGCAGAUGGAGGUCCAGGGUCAGGGGGUUUUGGAGAAGACUUCGGCGGAGGGACAGGUCCACAUUCUGCGAGACAUGAAGCGCCUACGAGAGUCCUGGCUGGCGCUGUACAACAUGAGCCUCAAUCUUCACAGGCUACUAAACAGCUCCACAGAGCAAACAGAGUCUGACUUAUGGCGAGUCGGUGGCCUGACUGCAGACAACACAUCCCUAACAACAGAACAAAGUCUGGGGGAGACGGACAGUCAGGUGAGGACAGCAAGCUCCAGGAACCAGAGGGGACAACAGGAAGUAGAGGUGUAUGGAGCCUUGGCCAGCUCGGGGCCAGGAAGAGGAGGAAGCCUGGAGGGAGAGGCAGGAGAGGGGGUGAUGACGGGCCACGAGGCACGGCUGCAGGGCCAUGGUGAAGCCCACCUCAUUCUGACUGAACAGGACAAUGAACAUCUCAGCUCACCAAGGACAGGCAAGAACGAUGGGUGCUCCUUUAAAGGAGACACAGUAGAUUCCUCUGCUUGGAGCAUUCGCAGCAGAGCAGGUCAUAAAGUUUCCAAAGACUCCUUCACCGAUGGAAGCCCUGACAGCGACAAAUCGACAGGGGGCGACAGCAGCAUCUUGUUUGGAGACAGAAGGGAAACAGCAUUUACCACAAGUUAUGGUGAGGAAAGAAGAACAAGCCCUGGAGAAGGCAGCAUGGAGGCAGGGGGAGGCCUGAGCCCAGCAGGAGGAGCAUUCAUGCUGUUCAGAAGGGACCCAGCCAAGAAACCAUCAGCAACACCAAUGGAACACACAAUGGGCGGCACAGGACAGGACAUAUCCAGGAGGAGAGAGUUUGAGGCCUGGCUGUCCAAAGAGAAUGAAUUCCUCUCAGGGAUCCUCAACACCAAGGGGGCAACACUCAGUGCCAAACAGCUCAAGACCCGACAGGACACGCUCAGGGCUCUGAGGGCAGGAGUGGACUGGGGUCAGGAGCAGUUCCAGCUGUUGCUCCAGGAGAGUCAGGGAAGUGAGGCUGGACCAGCAGAUGAUGCGCAUCUGGAGGAACUUCGCUACCGGUGGAUGCUCCACAAGUCCAAACUGAAGGAUGUGGGAGACCUCCGGGCCAGGGCCAGUGCCAAGAGAGUCAAAGCCAAAGAAGAGGAGCCGGCCAUCGCAGCAAAGGUGCAAAAGAAGCCCGGCUUGUUGCAGCGGGUGUGUCGGCUGGCCCUCCCUCUGUGGCUCCUCCUCCUGGCUCUGCUGCUCCUGGCCUUCCUGCUGCCCCUCAUGGACGAAGGCAACAGCUGCUCCCUGUCCAACAACUUCGCCCGAUCCUUCAACAUCAUGCUCCGAUACGACGGACCACCGCCUACAUAGGCAACCUCCUCUGGAUGGCACAAGAUAAAUAUCUGAUCUCGCUCUCUAAAGCAACUUAUGGACCACGGCUUAUGUAGGAAAUGUUGACUUGACUACUUAAGAUCCCACAUGCCCUGCCCUUUGAUCAUCAUACGCGACUGUAACAGACCACAUACAGGACCAUGAGGCUGUGCAGCUAAGUAGUCUUUGCCAACACCAGUGAAUCAGUAUCGUCUCUAUUAGGAUGCACCACAGUCUAUGAAGGAAACCACAACCCAGAGUAGCACCCACAUCGGCAAACAACAAAUCCCACAUUAUUCUGAUCCUUCUAUGCAUUCUGGACAACGGCAUCAAAUGUCAGCUCUUCUGAACCUCACAUCCCAUACAUCUUUGCAGCUUAAAAAUCAUGACCUGAUAGUUAUGUGUCAACUAUCUAUCAAAGGAUCAACAUCUCUCCAACAGGACUACAAAUCCUGUGCUCGCUCUGAGAAUGUCAAAGUGUUCUAACUAGAAGCUGGACCAUCUGUAAACCAAAGUCUUUUUCUGUCAGCUUUGAGUGGCAUGUCUUCCUAACACCUAAAAGAGACCCUAUUUUCCCAUGUUUUUGUGACUAAGUGACUAAUGGGGACAACAAGUUUUGCAGUUGGUCCAGUAUUGAGCAUGAGAUGUAGCCAGCAGCUGUGAAACAGGCUGCAAUGUAAUCCUUCUGGACAAUCAUGCAUCCACUGAAAGUGCGUGUUUUGCCAGUGACAUGCUCAGGUUUUUAUUUUAAGUGGGAUUCUACAGAGAUAUAAAGUGUUUUUCUUUUCCUUUUGCUUGAUCUGGUGUGUUGUUUAACAAAGCCUUGCUCAAGGAGAAAUCUCUUUCUGAAAUCUCUCGAGAGUUGAGUUGUUGCGUGAAGACAUCAGUGGAACUGUGAGCGAGAGCUGGAGAGAGGAGGAGUGCAAGGUAGAGUUUGUUGUGUUUGAGUACAGAAGGUAGCUGAGUGUUAUCCAAAAGGUUUUCAAUGUCAUGGCUGAAUGUUAAGCUGAUUUUGAAACAAGUAAGCAACAAGUCAUCUCUCAUGAGGCUUCAGAGGAGACAACAGACCAGAUCAAGCAAAGGGUAAAGAAAGCCAUUUAUUUCUCUGUAGGGAUCCUUUCCAUAAUGUUGUCAGACACUUAGAAUAACAAUCACCAAUUUCAAAAAUGAAUAUUCCCAUGAGUCACUGAGACACAAAAACAUGGAGAAAUAGGGCCCAGGUUGAAAAACACCAAAGUUUCCCUUUAAAUGUGGUUGUCAGCUUCUGUCUGAUGAAAAUGACUAAAUUCUGAUCACAGAAACUACAAGAAGAGUUUCUUGUUAAAACAUAAUAAUUCUGUGUGAAGCGAUAGUGAGAAGAAUACCUUGACAUGAAAUGAUUAGCAUCAGAAGCUUCGAAGAUACCACACUAUGCAAGGGGUGAGAGGUGAGGACCGAGGCCAUAGCAACACUACUGGACAUGAGACUCACACCGUCUGAACAACAACUAAUAGUGUUCAUUAGACCGUCCCCGCCUGAAUCUCUCACCAUGAAUCUCUGCCUGAGGUAAAGCGGUGAUGUUGCUGUCAUGAUAUGUAGCCAUGUCAGAUAGCCAGUUUGCAAAGAACUGCAAUGCAGCUUUAUAUUUGAAAGUAUUUAAAGGCCAAAACUUGAGAUUGUGUGUUAUUAGUAUUACAGUAUAAAAUCAGUCAGUGUAUGUUCACACUGGGAGCAACGUGGCUAAUGCUAAUCCUUGAGAGCCUGCAGUUAGAAAGACCCCGACAGGGAAACUGGAUAUUUUCGUCAAAAUAAGUUACAUGCGUCAACGUAGCUAGCUAUCAAUUAGCAGUCAGAUGGCGCCACCUGCAGGCUGCUAUUCCACUGCCAACAUCUGAGGGUUUCAUUCAUCGGUCUCACUGUAGAAGUGAAACAUGUUGAUGGGGUUCACUGUGGUUUUCUACAGGGUGAUGAAUAAGUCGUUAACUCACAAUGCUUUUGUAAAUGAAUCUGUUAGCAUUUUUAAACAUUGAGUGUAGCAGCACACAAAUCAAACCCAACCUGAGCUGUCUUCUAGUGCUGUCUCAAAAACGUUCUAACUGUCCAUGAAUUGUUUACAGCAUUAGUUCAUCCAGGCUAAUCUCUUAUAUCCCCGUUUCACUGGCUUCAGUCCGUCGAGCCGGUGACACUUAACCCACAGCAGUCAUGGGCUUGUGGGAAAUGUUCUUCAAAGGCUGCAAAGCAGAAAUAUUAAAUCAACAAUAUUACAUUGUUGUUGUUUUUUUUAAUUUAUUUACCAUCCCUGCUUCCCAGAUGAAGGAACUGUAUGACAGCUAUUUGAGCAGAGUAAUGUUCCAAGGCACAAAAUCAAGUAAGGUUUUCUUACUUUAGCCCAAAGCUCAACACAACAAACUGACUCACAGCUGAUCCCAAACAUGCAGCCUUUCAUAUCAAAGUUUCUGAACAGCCGCUGAUCAUGUUGCUCACAGCGUGGACACAUUUGUUUGGUUGACUGAUUGGGUAGCAGUUUAGUUCAGGCAGCGCCGUGAAGAAUCACAGCAUAUAAUGGAAUGGCUUCUUUACUCCUCCGAGGUGUUAGUGUUGUGAGUGUGUCGUUUUGAGUCUGCGCUCUGUACAUACGCUCUGUAUGUUGCAGGAGCAGCCUUUGAAAUUGUUCAUGCACGCAGAGUCUUUGUACGUAGCUCUUUUCCCGACUCAUAGUUUGACCCAUUACCUCUUGGAAACUACACCCACAGCUUGAUCAAACAUGAUUUUCAAACUGUGAGUCUCUUCAUGUUUCAGUAGGGUUAAAGCAGUUCUUUCUGUGGAGCUGCUGUUAAUUGUACAACCAUCUCAUGAGAGGUGCUACCAUGAUCUGUCUUUUUCACAGCCUGAACCACCUGUGAAAACAAUUACGGAGCUGUCUGCCGUAGCCCCUGGCAUUGUCUUGGACCACAGUGCUUUGGUGCAAGUGCCAGAGCUGUAAACUUGGCAAUCACCUUUUUUUGUCCAAACACAAAAUAUCAUGCAAUCAUUUUUUUAAAUCCUGCAUUCCCUCUCUUUCCUCACCACGCACACCCCUAAAAAUACCCAAACACCUCCACACACCCUCACAUACAAUUACUCUCCUCUUUUUAGCUGAGUUUGUGUAUUGUUGACUCAUCAUGUUACCGUAGCAACAGUGACCAAAUGAAGUUAAGUCAUUACAUCUUCUCAUACAGCAGCAGUCUUGGUUUGCUGCAGCUUCCAAAGCACUCCAGCAUGUUUCAAAUCAGCAUCACCAAAAUCAUGGCCAUGAAAGUACCAUGUAUGAUUAGAAAGUGUGAUUCCCAUAAAGAAACGAAAACUUCACUGGCAAGAUGACGAGCCGCUCCACGCUGUGUGUUUUCACUGCCGUCAGGGGGAUGAACAGGAAGAGGAUGCUGUUCUGCCAGCCACAAAAAAGAUCUUAAGCUGUGUUACCCAUACCGCAGAAACGUUGCUCUUGCUUUUGCUGAGCGAUAUGUCACCCUUUAUAUUCACCUGCAAGAUAGGUAACUGUUAGGGUAGUUAGUGAUUUGUUGUUGUGGUAACCUGAAAAAAACUGAUCUGAUGUCAUAUCCAAAAUGCUUUCUCACAUGGAUGCUCAUGGUUGUCAUUCACUUGCAUGCAGUAGGUCAGAGGGACAGGUCUGCUCAGUAGCAUCAGCCUCUCAGGGCACAUUUAGCUGCACUUAACGACUGAAUGUUGAGUUUAAACAUUUGGCUUCUCGCUGAUGAGUUAGCUCUUAGAACAAAGGGGCUGUUUUUUUGCGCUCUGAUGUGGACACAGCAUUAUAUAUUCAAACCCUGAUGUGUUUAAAGACUGACGGCAUGUGGGAAAGAGCGGGAUCUGAACUGUCCCGCCUGCCUCUGACUGGUCUUCAGUGUCGUGUCAUGUCACUCUACUCACAUCAUGGACGUGGAAAGCACUUCCUCAACUACUCGAUUGGCUGGCAGGUUUUUAAAACUUUAAAUCAGGUAUCCUAAACACAGUUGUGGUCAACACUGUUGACACUGUGGUUUCUGAGGUUCCUUGAACAAACAUAAUGGAAGAGGCAGAGAGGAAGAAAACACAGCUCUGAGCUUGCCAACAGAUGUCAGAUGUCUUACAAGGUUUUGCAUCGGGAAUCUAAUGAAAUCCCACAUUUAAGGGAACCAUGGAGUUAAUAUUGGACUCGCUUUCAUCACCAGCCCCCCUUGGUGUGUACGGGGAAAGCGUUAUUUUGAUGAUGACUCCUAAUGUGUAAAUGUGUUCCCUGUAGCAUCACAUAUUAGUGAAGACACACAGUUGCCAUGGCCUUAAAGCUUUGUGUAUACCAUCCAGUUAAUCAGCUGUACUCUGUGCCAUAACCACAUGUAUUUAGUCCGUAUGUAGCUUUGUCAAGCACUUCCAGCCCACGUACUGUAUACCAGAUAUGUAACCAUGUUAAAUAUAAGGUUUAGUCCUGUCGUGUGUGUUCAUACUGAAUCAGAAAUUAGGCUCCAUGGUAUUGCCGCUUGUUGCACUGCUCUUCUAUUAUGCAUGUGUCCCUUUAGAGAAGCCUAUGCAACGCCUACAUUAAUGUGUCCAUUGAUACUUUAUGCAACAUAUGAAAUGACUUGAAUCUCCUGAGCACAACUGGUUCUUUAAAAUGUCCCACAUGCCAGUGUCUGCUGUCAGAUCGAGGUGUGGGUUCUGAAAAUGCUCAGGCAAUGAGCGACAAAUGAGAGCUUUUUCUAUUUUAUUAUUAUUAUUCUAUUUUAUUAACGUUUUGAAACAGAGUAGAGAGCGUCAUAUUAUUCAAGAAAGCUUGUAUUUAACCAAUGUUUUUUUUUAUUCGAUGAAAUAAAAAUACAGUGGAAAUA